AUGGCACCACAACUACCGCCCUACCUCGCGCAUUUCGCCGACCUCUACAAUGCCUACAUCCACCCUCUCCUGCCCACACCUUUACAAAGCAUCUCUGGCAUGGUCACACCGUUCCUCAAUUCCGCAAUCGCAGCCGCGGCAUCAGGCGAUAUUGUCAGUCUGGCCGCGUUCGUGGUGACGAUAUACUUCACGGUCCGGAUGGCGGAUUACUUGCGUCGCAGUGUCGUCGCGUGGGUGGUGUUUGGGCUCAAGAUAGUGAUGGUGAUUGCGGCGGUGAAUGUGGCGUUCUAUGUGAACUCGGUGGGUGUGCAGAAGGCCUUGGGUGAUGCGGAGUGGGUGGUUGGCUUGGUUUGGGGGUUUGUGGAGGAUAAAGUUACCAACAGCGGCGGAAGUGAGAAGACGGGUGGUCCAUUCGGAUAUUAUGGUGGAGGUCGUCAACAGGUGCCGCUUACUGGGGGGAAGAAGAAAGCUGGUGGAUGGAGAUGA